GUAACAAUUUCUCUUUUAUUUGUUUUCAAUUAUUUUUUUAACAAAUAUACAUUGAUAAAAAUGGAUAAUAUUAUCUCGAGUAAGUUUCAUACGGACGUCCUGGAUAAAUGUGGAUUCCACAUUGAAGGGAGUCUUGGAAAAGGAUCUUUCGGCUUCAUUAAAAAAUUGCGCUGUGUGAAAACUGGUUGUCACUUAGCAGUUAAAAUUUUACAUAAAUUCGACAAAACCAAUCCGAAGAACGAGAUAGACAGAUUUAUAAUUCGAGAACUGGCCGUAGUCCGUAUUCUUAGUCAUCCGAACAUCAUCAAGUUCAUAAAGACUAUCGAAACAAGCAAACACCUAUAUAUAAUCAUGGAGUUAGCACAACAUGGAGACCUGUUAGAGAUGAUUAAGAGAAGUAAAACUAUAGACGAAGAGAGAGCUUGUCGUUGGUUUCAUCAUUUAGUAGACGGCAUCGACUACUGCCAUAAUAAGGGAGUUGCCCACAGAGAUUUAAAGUGCGAAAAUCUUUUAAUAUGCAAAUACUUCGUACUUAAAAUAACGGAUUUUGGAUUUGCUCGUCACGAAUUACCUAAACCAGAAAUUAUAAAACAUAAAGAAAUUUUUCGAUGCAGCACAUUUUGCGGAAGUUUUGCAUACGCUAGUAUCGAAAUUUUACGAAAGAAACCAUAUCAAGCAUUUCUAUCGGAUAUAUGGAGCAUGGGUAUCAUUCUUUACGUAAUGGUUUGCGGACGUUUUCCUUACCAUACUUCGGAUCCUAGAAAGUACAGAGAGAAAAUUAAAGACGGAGUUAAAUUUCCAGAAAAUUCAACGAUUUCGAGUUGUUGUAGAGACCUUAUUACGAAAAUGAUAAAACCAGAGAAUAAAAGAAUUUACAUACCGGAAAUUCGAGCGGACAAUUGGUAUCAAAGAGAAUACGACCAAAAAUGGGAUGAAGAAGUACAAAAAGCCAGACGAAUUUCUUACUACGACAAAAUACAGAUGCAAAAGUCAGAAGAUAAAUGCGAAAACUCUAAAUGAUUAAAUCAAUUUUCAUAAAAUAUACAAAAUUAUAUUUGAUGUGAUAAACUGACUUUUUCCUAUUUUUUUAAUGUAUGUUGAUUAGUUCAAAUUACGUCACUCAAGAAUAGAAAUUCUUAUUUUCAAAUAUAUUAUUUCUGUUAUUGCAUAAAAUAUUUGGUAAUAAUCAAAGUGGAACUGUUAUGAAACAAUAUUAAUAAAUAAAUAUCGAU